UAAUUGUAGAGUAGGUAGUAUCUAUUUUUGAUUUAGUCAUUUCCUUCCUCCUUUUCCUCUAAAAAUGUAAACAUUCUCUAAGAAUAAAAUUUAUAUAUUAAUACAAUAGUAUGUAAUUAAUUGGCAACUGUUUAAUUAACUGUUUACAAAUCUCUACUGUGUUUGCCAAUAAUUUUACUGUGUACUGUGUAAUGAAUAUUGAAUUUUGCAAAAAAUGCACAAAAUAAUGCUGUUAGUCUCCUUGUUAUGUUCAUAAGCCUGUUGUCUGUAGAGCAUCACUCUGUUCAUUUGUCUAUUUGAGUUUCAUGCACACCAACUGGCAACUGGUAUGAAAAAAUAUAAUUAGCACAAGUUUGGCCAUAUUCAUUAACUUAACUGACUUAGUAACAAGUUGCCCUGAUGUUUAUGUGUUGAAAAGAGUGUUGUUAUGAAUCAUAGAGAAGGUGAUCAAUUGUGUAAAAAAUAAUGUGCCCAUCUUUAACAUAGGGAGAUGAAAGUGUAAUCCACUUCAACCUAGCAAUGAUGGCUGCACUGUUGUAGUACCGAUACGUAUUUGUAACUUUGAGCGCAACAUCGUGAGCCUGGUCCAAGAUGGCAUCCACUCCUACCACCAGUGGAUCGUCUACUUCUGAAAAAACUGCAUCUCCCGAAUGUAGUAAUGAGAUCUCUGAUGCUGAAAGCAAAGAGUUCUCAUCUAAUGACUUGGACAGAAGCACGUUGUUUGGUGUUGCUCUUCAUGAAGUUGGCCAGGUUGUUUUGAAGGCUAUUUUCAUGAUGCAGUAUCUUCACAAAGAUAACAAGUCGCUGUCUGAUGAGGAUAAACCAAUUACUCUUGCAGCGUGGCUAAAGAACUGUAAUAUUUCAAGUGCAAAACGAAAAUUAAUAUUUGGUGGCAGAUUCAAAAUGGGCAGUGGAGAUCCCACUAAAGGAAAGUUCGAUUUUGUCACAUAUCAUCGAUUCAUCACCGCAGUUAAUUUAGAAUUCUAUAGAGAAAAAUACUGUGCUGAAUGCACGGAAGAAUUUGAUAAAAUUCUUUCACUGAGAAACAAUGUGUGCCAUUAUGGACCUCUUCACAGUAAUGAGAAUGAUGCCGAUAAACUUUUGGUUCGAUUCAAGAAGUUACUGGAAUGUGCUUCCAAAGAUUUAGGAUAUGAAAGCAAAUAUAUUGAACCUGUGGAGAAGGAUAUCCAAGAAGUAAUGAAUUGUAUUAGAAGAAGCACUGACAUGCUGAAUGUCCGAAAGAAAAUCAUGAUUCAGCUCGCUGAUGAUCCAUGCUUGAGUUUUCUCAGAUGUAGCCAAUACGAGCUUAGCCAAAGAAAUGAUUUAAACAGAAAAUUUUCAGUUCCCUUCUAUUGGAUUCAUGAUGUAACUAAAGAUAAUAAAGGUGGCAUUUUAGAACCCAUCUCCAUGGAUGUAUACGCCAUUCCAUGCCUGAAACGUCAGUCAUCCAAUUUAUCUCCCAAAGAUAUCUUCCUGCCCAUCAAUUCUACGACCACUGAGCCCCCCCAAGUGAUGCUUGUCCACGGCAAUGGAGGCUGCGGCAAAACUACACUCAGCUAUCACAUUUUCUCAGAGUGGCACAACAAGAGCAGGAAAUCUACUCAAGAAUUGCUGUACUACGGACUAGAUUCUUUUGAUCUCGUCGUCUUGGUGGAGAUGCGGGCUACUCGAUAUGAUGCAGAUCAAGAAUGCAAGUCACUCAUGCAGUUUCUUGAUAAAAUUUUCCUGCCUAAUUCUGUAAAUUCUACUCACGCUGGCAAAAAAGUUUCCAAAAAUGUGCCAGAAUAUCUUCUUAGUCUGAAGACACUUUACAUCAUUGAUGGCUUUGAUGAAAAAAAUAGCGAAAAUGUAGAGCUUGUGCGAGACAUAGCUACAUUUAUGAAAUCAAGAUCAAACCAUGUUAUCUUGACCACACGUCCGGAGUUUUUGUGUGAUGCCCAAAAAAUUUUCCGCGACCACACUUCCCAAGCAAAUAUUUCUGAGAUUCAAAUGAUUGGCUUUGAUGAAGAAGGCCGUAAAGAUUUUUCUGAGCAGUUUUUUGCUUCCCCUGAUGUUAACAAUAACAAAUCUAAUCCGCACAAAAAAACUGCUAAAGAAUUUUGUGACUUUAUGAAUCAACGAACAGAAAUUUUGAAUGAGUAUUUGAAUUUUCCCUUGACUGUGGCUUUGCUAAUUCUCUUGUUUCUGAAGUGUGACGAGUCCAUUUUGAACGCAAUCUGUUCAGGUACUAAACUAUACUUGGAGCUCUUCAACAUGUUGACUAGUAAGCUGGUGAAAGCUCGAAAACAUUCAGCUACUCACAAUGCUCAGAUCAGAGAACGUGACGUUGCUGUUGUUCUCGAUGAACUUGCUCGUAUUGCCAAGAUCUCUCUUUUCUCUCCGUCUUUCAGGAUUGAAAUUAACAACCAAGAAAAUGUAGAUCUCAACCGGGCAUGUGAAAAAAGACAAAUAGUUCCGGUUGAGUUUUUCUCAGCUUUCUUGCUAUACUACAGUCCUGAGACAAGCGAAGAUGAUCACCCUCGCCGUCCUAUGGCCACGAAGGUUGAGACCUUCUCUUUCUUCCAUCGCACUGAAAUGGAAUUUUUAGCUGGAAAAUUCUUGGCAAAAAAAUUAGCGUCGGAGCCAUCAUCUUGUCAAGCUCCUGAAAAACUGUCAACAGUGGAAGAAUUGGUUGACGAAGUUCGUGAAACGUACCAUAAACUUCCAUACUCUGGUGUUCUACCGUUUCUGGUUGGCUGCUUGGCUGUUGAAAAAAGACUGGAUAAACUUUCUUCUGGCAUCGCCGAUCUUGUGAGAAUAAUGAACUUUUCAAGUGACGACUUCAACUUAUAUUCAAAGCUGGUCAUUGAAAGCCACACACACAAAGGCAGUGAACAAAACAAUUUUGUUGACAAUUGUAGGAGGCCUUUUUGUACUCAAAUUGCCGACUUAAUGCAUGAGACAGAAUGGCAUUUGAGUGCCGACACUGUGUUGGCUGGUUUGCGACUUCUGAAGCACUGCUUCAAUGUAAGUCUACAGGACUUGACCAUUGAUUUACAAAUGCACGUAAACCCCGACAAUGCCAACGACCACCUAAGCUCCUUACAUACCAGCCUGUCACAAGUGGGGUUGGCACUAAGACAGCGCAGGAGGAACAAAAUAAGUAUGUGUUUUCAUCUCCAGAAUCACUACGAAAAUGAUGGAGGUAAAUCUGAGAAAUACUUGGCCGCUCUUGAUGGAUGGGCGAACCUUGUUAAGUUUACUGGAGCCAUCAACAGGGAAGGUGUGAACCAUCUCUCUACUUUCAAGAAUUUGAAGUUUUUGAGUCUUAGAAUAUCAACGAGUGAAGACUUCAAUGGAUUCAUCAAGCACUGUUAUAUGCCGGCUCAACAGCUGAAGCAACUCCGGCUAGUGCUUGCUUUUCCUACUUCCACAAAGCCAUCGGAUCUGGAAAAGUUUGAGAGAAAUACUACCUCACCUUCCAAGGGGCAAAUGAAACGUCGUGCAUCCACACACACGGAAAUUCAUUUGCGUUUUGAUCGCAUCAAGCGUGCAUCCUUGCCUUGGGCUCUCAACGUCAUUGAACAUAUAUGGACUAAGAGUUUGGGUGGCUUUGACCGCAUCACGUUUCGAAGUCUGGACUUCGACCGCUCAAAGGAUCCGCAAAUCAUCCGUGACAGGUUGAAAAAUUUGGUCUUUGUCAAAGUAACAGUCCUAACCAAGGCACAGCGCCCUGGAGGCGGGACUCUUGAACUUCUCUCAGGAAGGACGGGUAACACUUUUGAGUUUGAGUGGGAUGACCGCUAGACGAGAGCUUGGUUAAAGCCGGCUGCAGAGUAGAAUGUCUUCUUCAUUCAAACAGAAAGCCAAAAAUUCUGCUAUGUACUGUACAGUGAGAGUGAGAUGUUUGCUUUGAUUCAUCUUUUUAUAAGUUAUUUAAUUUCUAAGUUGGAUAUUAAUUUGUGUAAAUAUCUGUUCUGCAUUCAAUUUCUUAAGAUGCGCGUGUUGAACAUGAGAUUUAUGUUACUUGUAUGGAUAAUUUGCAUUGUGCACCUACUACCGUGAAAAAAUGCAAUUUUUCCGCAAUUUUAGCCUUAACAAUUUUUUUAUUUUUCUUAAUUUUUUUCCGUAAAUUCAUUAAUAUAAAUUCACUUCCAGUGUUCUUUGGUAUUGCAAUGAUAUAAUAGAAGUAUAAUUUUUUAUCCUCUCUGAUGACUCUUUAGGGGUUUUUUAUUGGGGGUUUAAUUGUUGUGUAGGUUUAACUCUACUUCACUUCUUUGUCUCACUUAGUUUAUAUGUCCCAGUUUAUGUGUUCUUUUCUCAACGCUGCAUUUUGUUCACAAGUUUCAGUACGAUGCGGGUGUUUAAUGAUGAACUUUGAUGCAAGAAAUUGCUGACAAUCAAGGUUUUUCCCCAAUGAGGGUCAAUUUACUACCUUUCUCGGUACAAGAAAGCUUCUUAUUAUAUGUGAAAUUUCAUGGUUAGUUAAACAUUGUGUGAUUUACUACGCUACUCUUCACACUUCCACUAAUAGACAAAGUGAAUGGUAAGAAUGAAACCAAGCAGUGUCAGCCCCGAUGAAUAACGAGUUACGUACUUGUAAUUUGUCGCUAUCGUUUGGGGUUUUUACAGUAAUUGCUUCCACUUUUCUCCUAGAAUUUACCUUGUUGCAAGUUAUUACUUUCUUUAGCCAUAAUUCGGCUUUUGUGUCUUGUUAAUUAACUAUUAUUUAAUGAUAAGUCGUGCGCUGAUGGAUUGAAAAAUUGACACAACUGAAUAAUAUUUUUUCCUUUAGGAAUUCUUCCAAAUUCACAUUGUCGUAAAUUUUUAGUUCUUCACAUUUGUUGGCCGCCGUAGUCAUUAACUUUACAAUUGUAAACUUCUUCCCUUUCAUGUAAAGUAUCUCGCGAAUAACAAUAUUCGUCGCAAUGCAAUGCAAUGAGUAUUUAAUUUUUAUCAUACUUAUUCGUACUUCCCUGCGAUGAAGUUAGGAUAGUUCUUCAUGAAUUAACUCUGACAUGAAUUAACUCUGUGUGUGCUAUCACAAGUGUAUGACAUUCCACAGCUUCCAUCGGAUGAGACUUUCGUCGUACAUUAAAAUGCGUCUUCUUAUUCGUUACAAGAGGUUCUAUGUUAAUCUUCUCAAUGAGCGAACUCUUCGAUCCUGUUAUAAUUGUUCGCAGUAUUUUGACUUUUUAAAUGUACCUACCGGUGUUCUUUUAUGUUGUUUUGAAUCAUCGCGUUGGGUUGAAAACAAUUCCAUUUAUCUAAUACUAGUGUUGUUGAAUGACGAUUUUUUUGUGAAGAGUUGAGCCGGUGUGCAAUUUAUACAUUCAGAUAUUAAGCUAAACUCAAUCUCGUUUCUACUGCAGAGUGAUUUUAUUCUUAUACAUUUAUUAACGAA